AUGACGGUAAUGGUUGAAAGUUCCCCAACUAAGGCAGGUCAAGCUGUCACAACAUUGCCUCUUGGCCUGCUUGUUGUGUUGAGUGUAAGUACAGUUCCUUAUUGACCCAAUUGAUUCUUGAGACAUAUCUGUUGUAGUAGCUGAGACCUACAAUGGCAUAUUCCUCGUUGCCAACUUCCUCUCCCUCUUCCAGGAUUCUAAUCAAGCUAACAACUUUCAAGGCAAUACUCCUCACACUGGCAGUUGCCAUAUACCGCAUCACCUUACACCCAUUGGCUUCAUUCCCUGGUCUACCCCUUUGGGCCAUGACUCGACUCCCGUAUGCUUACUAUUUUGUAAUCGGUCGACUCCCUUACAAAAUCGCCAAGCUCCAUGAGGAAUACGGUCCAACAAUUCGAUUAGCACCAGGAGAGAUCUCUUUCAUUGACGAGGAAGCCUGGCAUGAUAUCUAUGUCAAGAAGGUACCUGGAUUUGGCCAAUUACAGAAGAACCCCACAGAUUGGAUUCCUCCUCAGAGUGGUGUCAGUGGUCUAGGACCUUAUCCACUUGCUGAUCAUGUUCAUUCUCGCAUCAGGUAUGUCAUCUAUAUAAAAACACUUAUGGAUCAAAAGAACAGACUAACGUUCAGAAGAGGAAAUUUCGCCGUUGCAUUCUCGGAGCGGUCCAGACGAGAACAAGAGCCUAUCUUGCUCAAACAUGUCUCUGAAUUCAUCCUCGCCUUAAAAGAAAAUAGUGGUAUACCACUAGAUAUGUGUAAAUGGUAUAACUUUGUCACAUUUGACAUUGGCGGUGAGCUUACUUUUGGCACUUCAUUUGAUUGUCUCAAGACUACCACAUUGCACGCGAGUCCUCUCAAAUCUCCCCAACUUCGUAUAAUAUGCUAAUUGGAUCAAGAUCUGGAUUGGAAAUGUCUUUGGCUAUGCCACUGGAGCAGCAAUUCUUGGAGUGACGCAAAACUUCUGGCCACUUACUCCUCUCUUGAUGUCUCUCGUUCCCAAAAAGAUGAGAGACGCUGCGGAAAAACAUACUCGUUCGACUGAAGAUAUGUUGACUAAAAGACUCGGCGAUACUGAAUCUCGGAAAGACUUGCAAGUACUGUUCUUUCCUCGUCCCAAACAAAUCUAACCUCGAGCAGUGUUCAGCCAGCCCUCAAAAACCUAAGUCAGACCGAUGGAGUCUCCUAUCAAGAGCUCCUCGAAACCUGUGUCUCAUUCAUCAUCGGCGGCUCAGAAACCACGGCAACUCUUCUCUCAGGCCUGACAUACUACCUCCUUGAGAAUCCUCGAGUACUAGCAAAACUCACCCACGAAGUCCGCACCUCUUUCUCCUCCCAAGAAGAAAUCAACAGUGCCAAAAUCCCAAACUUAACCUACCUCCCCGCCGUCCUCAGCGAAGCUCUCCGUCUCUUCCCGCCAGUCCCAGGCCACAUGCGGCGCGUCGUUCCAUCCGGUCACCACGUCACUAUUAGCGGCCACACUGUCCCACCUGAUACCCGCGUAGCAGUCGACAUAUACUCCACCGGCCACUGUUCCCACAACUUCUUCAAGCCCGAAGAAUUCAUCCCUGAGCGCUGGCUGGCUGACCCACCGGCGGAAUUCAGAAACGAUAAGCGGAAGGUUAUCCAGCCAUUCCUGGUUGGCCCGAGAGCAUGUAUCGGAAAGGCUUUUGCGCAGUUGGAGAUGAAGCUUGUGCUUGCUAGUUUGCUUCUGGAGUUUGAUUUGGAGCGUGUUGAGAGAAAGGAUGAUUGGUUGGGUGGAUUGAAGGUUAGGGGAUUUUUUAGUAAGGAUCCUUUGAUGGUUAGACUUGUUCCUGUGAAGAAGGAGUAA